CCUGUGUCUGGCAGCUGCCCAUUCGACAGCCACAUAUCACAGAAUCUCAGCCCACUGCACAAGCGGAGUGAAAGCCAAGUAAACCUCCUGGAAAGCCCUGAGCCCAGGCAGCAGGGCACGAGGAGAAGGGGGCCAGGGCCAUCUGAGAGAGUAGAGUCCUCCUGCUGUCAGAGGUAUCUGAGAUGAAUCCCACCAGCCAAUUUGUCAGCACAACAGAAUAUGACUAUGUAUAUGAAGCAGACACUGCUCCGUGUAACGAAGGAAACAACUUUCGCAGGUUUAAAUCCCUCUUUCUGCCAAUUCUUUACUGCCUUGUGUUUGUCUUCUGCCUCCUGGGAAACUCCUUGGUCCUCUGGGUCCUCCUGACCAGGAAAAGGCUGACAACAAUGACUGACAUCUGCCUGCUGAACCUCGCAGCCUCUGAUCUCCUCUUCGUUUUGCCCCUCCCUUUCCAAGCCCACUAUGCUUCAGACCAGUGGGUUUUUGGCAAUGCCAUGUGUAAGAUAAUGGCUGGCAUUUACUACACAGGUUUUUAUAGCAGUAUUUUCUUUAUAACCCUCAUGAGCGUAGAUAGGUACAUAGCAAUUGUCCAUGCUGUCUAUGCCAUGAGGGUACGGACAGCCACUUGUGGCAUAAUUAUCAGCUUGAUCCUGUGGCUGGUGGCUGGCUUGGCUUCGGUACCCAACAUCAUGUUCAGCCAGGAGCUGGAGGUCGAACAGGCAUUGCAGUGUGUCCCCACGUACCCCCCAGGUGACAAUACCUGGAAGGUCGCUUCUCAGUUUGCAGCCAAUAUCUUGGGCCUCUUGAUUCCCUUUAGCAUCCUUGUAUGCUGCUACACUCAGAUACUAAAAAACCUGCAAAAAUGCAAAAACCGGAACAAGGUCAAGGCAAUCAAGAUGAUCUUCAUCAUCGUCAUCGUCUUCUUCCUUUUCUGGACUCCUUUCAACAUCGCGCUGUUCCUGGACUCUCUGCAGAGCCUGCACGUCAUCAAUGACUGCAAGGCGAGCUCCCAGAUAGCGCUGGGCCUGCAGCUGACAGAAACCAUCUCCUUCAUCCACUGCUGCCUGAACCCCAUCAUCUACGCCUUCGCGGGUGUCACCUUCAAGGCCCAUCUCAAAGGACUCCUUCAAUCCUGUGGUCGUGUCCUCUCCAGCCCUGCCGGAGGUGCUGGGGCUGGACAGUCCUUUUCGGCACCCACCCAGCUCUCUGGCUGGUCUGACAGCGCAGGGGUCCUGUGAGCACACCUGAGCCGCCUUCUGCUGGUGCGAGGAGCUGGCCAAAGGUCUGCUGUGGUCCUGGAGGUUGUACCAUGUGUGCAGCAUCCCCUGGGAGAUGCAGUAUGCCUGUGCCUGGUGCUGGGAUACGCUGUGACCUGCCAUGCAAGAUCUGGUGACAUUGAUUUCCCAAGAGAACCAGUGCUUUUGUGAAAUGGUGACCAUACAUUGCCACGGAAUAAUUUUUAAUAAAGUUUUAGAGCUCCUUUAGUACACUUCAGCAAGCAGGAUGCUUCCUCUAGUAUCUACUUUCUCCACUGACAAAAGCGUCACUUCUGCCUCAACCCUAAGUAUGCUGUGCCUUGUGGAAGCUGAAUCCCUACAUCCCUGGGACAAGUGUGUGACACCCCUCUGGAAAGUGGGAAGUGGACAGGCAUGGGAUUGCUUCACAUGGCAAAGAGGGAAUCCCCUCAGGCACUGUCACAGUUUCCCCUUUGCCUCAGAUCCCAGAUGAAAAACCCCCUCAGUUCAGCACCCUGCUUGCGUGGGAUGGUUCCGUGGCACAGCCAUGGAAUCCUUGGAACUGCUGUCACCCAGAGCAGCCUUUGGUAGUGAUGCCUCCAAAAAUAACAAAGCAAUGGCUUCAGGUGGCCCCUGUACUGGUCAUUUGAAAACGUGGUGGCUCCUACACUUGAAAACCUUGUCCUCAGAGCAGGUGGGAGCUCUGCAUCACCUCUGGACCUGUGGGAACUCCAACUCUGUGCCUCCAGUACUCACUGCUAAAUGUAACCAUCACAAAAUGACCUGUAGCAAAGAAGACUCUUUCUCUUUUUCCAAAUGUCUUCAUUUUCUGCCAUUUAUAAAAUGCUUUCUUUGAAUAAACUUUAGCCAAAUCUU